AUCAACAGCCAAACAAAAAAAAAAAACCGUUCCGACCGCUAACAAAUCUCACGACUUGACUCAUUCCCAUUCCAGUUGACUGUGUCGCGCUUGCAGCAUGUCAGAGAAGCCGACUGUUUUGAUUUUGGGAGGCUGCGGCUUCAUUGGACGCAACUUGGCCACUUAUCUGCUGGACAAUGAACUAACGCAGGAAAUACGACUGGCCGAUAAGACCCCUCCUCAGAUGGCCUGGCUGAAUGAAGAGCAGGGGAAGGUCUUCGAGAGCGAUCUAGUGGAGUUCUGCAGCGCCAACCUUAUAAACGCCGCCUCUUGCAAGGCGGCCUUUGCGCCACACCCUACGACCGGAAGGGCCUGGGACAUCGUCAUCAACUGCGCUGCUGAGACGCGUGCCAACCAGGACGAUGCCGUCUACAAGGAGGGCAUCCUGAAGCUCAGCUUGAACUGCGCCAAUGAAGCAGCUAACCAACGUGUCAAACGUUACGUGGAACUUAGCUCCGGAUGCAUGAAUAGCAGUGAGAAAACUCCGCUUAAAGAGGAUUGCAAGCUAGAUCCAUGGACGGGCGUGGCAAGGCAGAAACUCAAGGUGGAGAAAGAGCUUGGAAACAUCGACAAUCUCAGCUAUACGGUCGUCCGUUUGCCAGUGGUCUAUGGCAUUGGCGAUAAGCGCUAUUUGAUGCCGCGCAUUAUAAUCGCUGCCAUUUACAAAUACCUCAACGAGACAAUGAAGCUGCUGUGGAACGAUGCCAUGCGUUUGAAUACGGUGCACGUAUCGGACGUGUGCGCUGCUGUUUGGCAAUUGGCUCAGAGUCCCAAAACCGCCGGGCAGAUCUACAAUAUCUCCGAUGAUUCAGCAUCGACGCAGGGCAGCAUUAGUAAUCUAUUGGUGGAUAUUUUCGACAUAAACUUGGACUUUUUUGGUCUUGUCAUGUCGAAUUUGGCUAAGCUUUAUCCCACGGACACUGUUGGUGAAAUAAACGACAAGCACAUGGCACCCUGGGCUGAAAUUUGCCAGCGCAAUGGCAUAGACAACACCCCUCUAACACCCUACCUUGAUGAGGAGCAGCUCCAGCAUAAGCAUCUCUAUUUGGAUAACACGAAACUUAAAGACUUUGGGUACGUGCUGCAGCAUCCGAAAGUAACUCGCGAACUGCUCAUGGAGAUGAUUAACGACUAUGUAAAGCAGCAAUUGUUUCCCAAAUCGCUGGUUCUUUGAUUCGUCAGAUCUAUCAAAAGAUUGCACAACGUUGAUAUGCACUCAGAUCCGGACACUUUUAUACCCUGUAGAUUGUAAGCCAAGAGUUUUAUAUUGAAAUUCGCAAUAGUUUUAUAACGAUUAUUGACCUCUCUUCCAAUCUGUAUACGGACUCGAUACUCUCAGAGCGUAGUGCAGUAUCUCAGUUUUUUGCCACAAAAGUGUACUUAUAGUAUUUUAGGACCCAUAUAUUUUUGAUACAUUCCAAUCGAUCCAACGAUAUAUACGUUAUUACGUACUAGUAGUUUAUCAUUGAGACUAACAAUUGUAUUCUAUUGUGAUCUGCUAAGUGGCCAACACCCAUUGACAAUUAAAAUGCACUUGUUUAGAGUUUA